UGCUGUAACCAUCACAAUUCGCAUUCACCACCUCACCUGCCCCCCGCUCUCUCUCUCUCUCUCUCUCUCUCUCUCUAAAACUUAGUCCCUGUUGUCUAUCUAUAAAAGUCGUAAACCUACUCACAAAGUGACCAAAAAAUCAACUUGGGUAUGCAUGUUUUUCUACAUAGAGAAUUGGGUUUUGGAGUUGAUCUUAAACAAAGAAAACCCAUAGAGAGAGAGGAAUGGGGUCGGCUGAGCCAGCAGAGUCAUGCGAAACAAGUUCCAUACCAAAGCUCUCUUUUCUCUCACUUUCAAGCAAGCUGGCCGAGUCGUCUCCUGCAGGAAUGCUAACACCGCCGCCGCGAUCGGUCACAGCUUCGAUUCCAUUCCAGUGGGAGGAAGCACCAGGCAAGCCAAGGCCAUGCGCCUCCGAUUCCAAACCAAAUAUCAGUGCAAGAACCUUGGAACUGCCUCCCAGAUUACAAAGCGAGAGUAAAGCCGCCAACAUGCCGUCCCCAACGACGGUCUUGAAUGGGCCAUACGUGGGGGGGCGGCCUGUGUCUCACAGUCACAGGUUUUCCAUGAUCAGAUCAAGCAGUACAGUAGAGGAUCUGCACAGCAGGAGAUUAGCUCCGGCUAAGGAGAAGGGAGGAGGAGUUCAUUUUGGAUCCAUGAGAUGGGGCAGUUUCGGGAAGAAUAGGGAGGAUCUGCACGGUAGUUUUCGCUUUUCAUCUUCGGUAGUUAACGAUUAUCAUGAUGGCGGUGACGAAAGUACUACUAAGGUGAAAAUCACAAGGGUUAGGAGGAGAAAAAGUGUCAUGAGUCUCGCAGGCACAGGCUCAAAUUUGUUGGCAAGUAUUUAUGAAAGCGUUAAGCAAGUGGUCCCAUGGAGAUCACGUCGGUAAGAAAGUCUGAAAAAAGAUGGCCGGCCGCCUCCUGAUUUAUAUAUAUAUAUAUAUAUAUAUAUUGAUAAUCACAGUUGUGUUGUAAGUGUAUAAAUAUCGUGUAAUCAUUUAAAAAAAAUAAAUAUAAAAUUUAUAUUAAAAAAAUUAAUUUUUUAACUAUAGGCUUUACUUUUUUUCAAAAUGACUGCACGAUAUUUCCGUAUUUUAUGACUAUACGUAAUAUUAUCACUCUAUAUCUAAUUAAUAUCAUGUAUAGUUCAAAAACAAUCUAAUGAUAUUUUUAUUUAAUGUGUACGUACUGAUCAUCUUCAUGUUUAUGUGAUGGUCCCUGAUCAAGAGAAUAUUUACUGAUCAUCUUCGUCUUCGAAAUUCUUAUUGACAUAGUCGAUCGACAAUGAUCUUUUAUUUA